ACUCUUUUUGAUUUUUUAUUUAUUGACAGUUUUGUAUGUAUUAUUUUUUUAAAUGAAUUUAAAAAUUGAAACAGACCAUGUCAGCGGCACCACAUUUAAAAACUAACCAGUCAACCUCCAGCAAGUUGUCGUUAUCCGACCAGCAGGUUAACUAGCGUGUGAUAAAGUUGCACAUUAGGAGAGAAGAUGGACACUGUGUAAGGUUUUGUGCACUCAUAAAACAAGAUGCCAACAGACAAGUUGAAGAAAAAAGGAGACACUUCCAGCAAAAUAUCCGAAGAGCAGACCGAAGCAAGUUCUGUCGUUCUGACUCCCUCCGAGAGCCUGGAGGAUGUGUGGCACGAGUGGAGUGACGCUGAUAUCUUCAGGGAGAAAUGGGACUCAGGGAAACCAGAAGAUCCAAAGACAAUAAACAAGACUCCCACUGUGUACUAUGAAGAGCCCGAGGGAAAAAUUCGCCUUCCUGAAUCACUGCAAGUGUACUGUUGGAGGCGACCAACAGAUUUUCUAAUCAACACGGUCCCCACAGUGGUUGAGAAUACACUCACCUUUGACCUGGUGUCCCCCAACCAUCAUCUGCUCAGCAGCGAGGUGAUGAGGUGGAUCAUCAGCGAGAUCUAUAUUGUUUGGAAAGUCUUCCACCACCCCGAAGCCACGGACCAAUUUGGCUGGAAGCCGUGGGAGCACAUCUACUCGCUUUGCAAGCCGGGGAAAGGUCACAUGCCGCUCUACAAUAGCUACGGGAAAUACCUUGUUAAACUGUUCUGGAUGGGCUGUUGGAGGAGAAUAACAGUGGAUGAUUUGAUGCCAUUCGACAAAGAGAAUAGGCUGCUGCUCCCGGCUUCCAGCUGCCGUUCAGAACUGUGGCCCAUGCUGCUGGCCAAGGCUCUCAUUAAAGUUAUUAACACAAGACCUCACAUUGUAGAUGACAACAGAAAUAAAAUGUUGCAGCUUUCCCGGGAGAUGGGGGAGUUCACCUUCAUCCACCAACUCACCGGAUGGAUCCCAGAAGUCAGCCUGAUAAACGUCGUGUGCCAGAGGCAAACGUGGGAUUUCAUACGAGGCAGCAUCCCUGAAUUUGUGCACUUCAGUGAGAAAGUGGCACACAAAAAGGUGUCAAGGCGGACUUCUGCUCACGACUACAGGACCCAUCGACCGGAUCUAGAUAAAGGUAACCCCAAGAUGAUUGUGUGUGCCAGCUUCUAUCCUAAUCAGCUGCACAACGAACCCUUUGUGUACACAAACAUGGCCGACUCCUCAGAGACUCUCCGUCGUUACACCCUCUGUUUGCCGCACAGCCACAUCGUCCUGUUGACCAGAACCCGUUCCUGCCCCUUGGAGUUACCGCCUCCGCCUCCACCUCUGCCGGAAUGGAAACUCAUCCGCCAAACCAAGAAGAUUGUGAUCCGUGAUGAACCACGGGUGAUUCCUUUGUCCAAACCAGAGGAGUUCAUCGCCAUCGCCAGCCCUUUUAUCGACCAGAAUGCCAAGAGCAGCUCUGAACCCGUCACAGAGCCUGUGGAGAAGUGGACCACUCCGAGGAAGCUGCUCUACAAAGCCCCACUGGAAACCAUCUCUGAGACAACGGAGAUGGAAAACCAAGUGGGCCUUGAUCCUGAUUCCACUGAAGUCACCACGACAUGUGGCAACACCGUGUCUGAUGAGACAGAGGUUGCUACAGAGGACAGGAAGAAGGACGAGGAGACCGUCUCUACUGUGUGCCGGAGUAGCGGGUACAUGACUUCCAGUCAGAUGUCUGAAGGGGAACGCGGUUGUGAAAAGUCGGGGAACCAGUGGCGUCCAAAAUGGCGCGCCUCUUCUCAAGUCAUUGGUUCACUGCAGCAGAGCACAGCCAAGUCUAUACUACCGGAGGCUUGGGUGGACUUAGAGGACUUUCCCAAAUGUUUCAGUCGCCUGCUGGUGUUCUAUAACCCGGAAGCUUACCCACACCAAGCCCACAGGUCUCUUCUGAAGUCUUCAUGUGCAAGAGGCACUUACUACCUGUACAUGGACAGCCUGCAUCCUUUUAAGAUCCUCAUCAGUUUCUCUGUCCUGCUUCGCUGGGGAGAAACGGAAAGCAGUGACAUCCAAUCAGCUCCAAGCCCGGGACUCCUUCAGGCUGCCCCAUACCAUUGGAAGAGCCGCCAGUGCCAGCCGCCUAUAUUCACAAUUGAAACCAACUCCUUCAAAGCCAUUGUGCUGAACUUAUCACCAGGGCGCCAUGUUUUUGCCCUUCACGCAAAUGCAGAGCUGGGCUACCAUGUUCACCUGUGCAGCAAGAUGCCUUUCUUCUUCGGGGACGAGGACACCAUCAUGUCACAAUGUACCAAGGAAAGUCUUCGUUUCAUGGAGAAGGCAAUGUCUAUCAUGCGGGCCUUGUCUAAAAUGGUAGCUACCUUUUAUGACAAGCGCGGACGCAACCGUCAAGCAAGAAGCACCCUGGAGGAGAUUUACUGCCCCAAAGAAAAGACCCCAUUAGAAAAAUGGCAGAUCCACAAGGUGUUCAGCUUGGCCCUCUACUACAUGCUGUGUGAUGCCCUGGGCAGGAGAAUGACCCCACAGGAGCGCUUCGCCAUAAUGGUCCUCACUGUUGACCCUUCACUCCUGGCUAGGGCACCCAGAGCACGCUCUCCUGCAUUGCAUGAAGAGUCGGAGCCUCCAGAAAAUUGGAACGACAGGCAUCCAACAGCUGAGGAGGUCAAGGCGGCAACUCUUCUGCAGGCUGCGUUCAGGGGACGCUUGGUGCGACUGGUCCUCAAAUCCUCCAAAUCUGCUGUAAAAGGGAAGAGCUGCGCAUCUUCAGUCCUUUCAGACAUGUGGUCAAGGGUUGAGUCCGACACUGACAAACACGCCUCCACCUUGCUAUGGAACAUGUUUGAACUUUAUGAUAAAAAGGCCACACUCUACCCCUGUCAGCUGGAUGAAUGGACCAAAAUAGUUUUUGCCGAUUACUCCGUCAGCUUCCCAGACAAAGCCACCUCUUGGAUUUUGAUCUUUAGGGAGGUGUUCUUUUUUACUAGGGAGACAUUGGUGUUACCAAAGGUCUACUGCACUAUUCCCCAUUCCCGGCUGCACAUCAUAAAUAACGACACGGGAGAAGAGCUGACCAAGCUCAUCACAAGAAUCCCGCCCCAUCUUUAUCAACCCAACAUGCUGGGUUACACCUUUGUGGCCGAGGCGAUCACCACCGAAUGGCCCCCUGCUGGUUCCAAGUGGACCUUGCGUUUGACUUGUACAAGGGAGCCUCUGCCGAAAUUGUCCCACCCAUCUCCACUCAGCACAUUUUCCAUGCAGGAAUUCCAGGAUUAUUAUAUUCCUAACAAGAAGAAUAUUAUAUGUGGCUAUUCUGUGAAGGUGACCGAACCGGUUCUCAUCACUAUUCACUUUAAGACAUCCUGUCCACAUGUGAUGAUACGUUUGUCCAUUUUGGACCACAAGGAAGAAAUGGCCAGUGCCACCGGGCAAGGCGUCACCGUGAUUCCCGUGUUCAACUUCCUACCCAGCAAAGAAGAGGAGGAGGAGGAUGAGGAGGAGCCAUUAGCUCCCAGUUGCACAGUAGAGGAGGAGAACCAGAACAUAACCCCCACCCAGGAGAAUGAAAUCAAGGAAUUAGACGGCAGUCAAGAAGAAGACGAGGAGGGCAGUACAUCUGGGAAAUCAGACUCUGCAGCUGACCACUCGCAGCCGCCCACCGAGACGCCGGCAACACCGGAGCAUAAGUAUGUGGUGAGGGCAGAGGUGCUGCGUCAGAGCUGGGAUUUGGAUGAUACUCAGUUGGCUUUUGCCCAUCUGCUCAGUUACAGAGAAACCCAAGUCUUCUUCCCUGAGGAAGUGGCGGACUCUGACACAUCGAGCAAUGAAGAGCAGAUCAUCGAAGUGCCAGCCAAACCUAACAAGAAAGGCCAAGACGACAAGGAAAUCCACGGCGGCUCAUCUGUCUCGAAGGAAGAAACGAGCCUUGACCUGACGAAGGCCAACUACACGCUGUGUGUGGCUGUUGACAAGAACCAAGUAGAGAGCAUCGAGGUGAAGAAGGACGUAGAGCGAAUAGAGCAGAUCAAAGCUAUUAAAAGAGCUUGGGAAGCGGCAGAACCCGGCCGUGCUGCCAAGGCGUGGCAAUUACGGCUCAAUUGGCUCAGUCAAUUUCAACCUCCAAAUGAUGAUGAUGAAAUUCCUGCUGAGGAGCCGCCAACACCAUCACCACCGCCGCCACCACCACCCGACGAUUCUGAUGAGGCCUGCAGUCCUGUUCCUUUCAACGCUCCCAAUAUACCAAUUGAACAACUGUUAAGCAUCGUCGUUCCUCCCAUGGACUGCACUCCCUUCAUCAGAAGGAAACAGGAAUUUCCAACAAUGGUGGAUUCUGAGAUGGAGGAGAACCAGCGGAGGAAGCGUUUAGAGAAGAUCCAGGCCUACCAGUUGGAGCGGGAGCAGUUGGUGGAGGAGCGCUUGGAGAAAGCCACCACCAGGAAGGAACGAAUGAAAGACCUGUUGAAGCAGUAUGAGAGCCAGCAGGCGGCCAUGUUGCAAGAGCAACAGAAAUUCCAGGACAUUUGCAUGCAGCAGAAUCAGAAAUCCACUGACAAUCGCAAAGGGUCAAAUAACCGCUUGAAAAAGAAACAAGAGGAUAAACACACUGCGGAUGAGGCCUAAGCAGCUCUGUUGAGGCGGGGGGGGGGAAUGCCCCUCGGCACCAAAUAGCAAACAGCGCUUCAUGUCAUCUAUUGAUAGGACAAUAUGUAUUGACAGAUGGACACAUGCGGAAGACCACUGUGUCACAAGACAAAAAAAAACACAGAACAUACAACUUGUGUACCUCAGCAUGACUCAAAGUUGCAUCUUUGUAAACAGCCGUAGGACAAACGCCAGACAUGGUCGAGAUACAUAGAUGGAAUACGCCAGAACCUGUCCAAUAAUGCAGGCGACUUCUUGGGCCUACUGUCGUCUUACAGUUUUAUCUCUCCAUUCUAUUCUCGCUGAUGCUCACGUUAAUACAGUAGUUACAAAUAUUUGUGUUCAUUGUUGAUGUUGCCUUUUCCUAUUCAAACCCAUUUGCCUCCUUGAAGGUCACUGUAUUGACUGAGAAAGCCCUAAAGGCAUGCUGGGUACGUCCAGCCUCCCCACCAGCUGAUUAAUUGAUAUAGUUUCACUAAAAGAAGUCCAAAUAUAGCAUGUCUGACUUAUUUUUAGCUUCAAAUUUUUCAUUGACUGUUAUAAUCCAAAAUAUAUAAACGCCUUAGCUUAAAAUAUGUGUUUUUAAUUGUAGAAUGUUUACUAAUCUUCUGUAGAGUGGGAAGAUAAUUGGUCAUGUAUGAGAUGAUGACGCCAUCUAGUGGCUGUGCAUAUGAAUAAAUUGUCACUAAUGC